AUGACUUUAAAUAUUAUUAGGACAAGCUUGAUUUUUUCACUAAUUUCCAAACUUGUAAGUAUAAUUGACCUGCAGACCAUGCCAUCUGGUGUGAUUCUACAGAAAAAAAGAUAAAUUUCACCCAGAGGGUGCCAUACACUGGCUUUUCUGGGAAUGACAAGGUGCCAGGAUUUGUUUUUGAUUCACUUGCAGGGGUGAAAACUUGGAUCUAGGUUCCAAGAUGGUUCCUGCAGUUCCUCACAAGAAGAAGGAAGAAGCCUAAAGGGAAAAUAGGGCAUGCCAGUUUGAGUCCGCUUCCUUUUAAAGAGUUUUCUCAGAAGUCCAAAAACUUUUGCUUACAUCUCAUUGGCAAGAACUGUGUCAUUGGCUACUGCUAUUUGCAAGAUUGCUUGAGAAAGGUAGUUUUUGUAGCUGGACAUAUAAUUACCUUCAACAAAAAUCCAUGUUC